AUGGAGCUGAACACAGUGUCCUUUCUGCUUUCUCUGCCCAACACUGAAAGCAGCAGGUCUGAAGGGUCCAGUUACACCAUCAGCCCUGCUGCUCUGGCCCACAGUGGAGAGUACCGGUGUAGAGCUGCAAGAGGAAGAAACCCUUUUCACUCAGACUACAGUGAUCCUCUGACUUUAGACAUAUCUGGUAUACCUCAAACACAGCUGACAGUGAAGUCUGGAUGGACAGAGGUCUUCCCUGAUGAAACAGUGACUCUGAGGUGUAUAAUUCAGGGCAGCUCUGCAGAGUGGAUAUAUGAAUGGUACAAAGAUGGACAGGAACUUCCUUUCGACGAAGCUGACUCCAGCAGUGUAAAUGGAGACACAUAUACAAUCAUCUCAGCUGAUCAGUCCCAUAAUGGACUCUACACCUGCAGAGGAAAGCUUCAGAGAGCUGGUGUAUACUCACUGAUUAGCAUCUCUGCUACAUUGAAUGUACAAGCUCAGCCUCAGGCAGUAGUGGCCCUGGAUAAUGGAUGGCUGGGGAUCUACAUCACUGAAGGCAGUCUAACAAUGAGGUGUGAGCUUCAGGGAACCUCAGCCAACUGGAACUACAUAAGGUACAGAGACGGAGCACAGAUCUCACUAAACCACACUGGGGAGAGGCACACAGUGGGAUUUUGGAAUGGCUCCUAUGAUGGUGAAUACAAAUGUCAAGGAAACAGGACGGACAGAGCGUACUACUCUCUCAUCAGUGCAGGCUUCAUGACAACUAAUAUUCAAGUUCAAAUAAAAAACCAGCAUGAUGGGGAUGAGUUUUACUCCAGGUUAAAUGGAUGUUACAUAAGUGCAGAUCAUGGAUUACCAACUGCUGUGUAUGAGGAAAUACCCCUUACUACAGAAACUGGUCAAAAUACAAAUUUCACACCUGUGCUUGACAAAUUACCUUGGCACUAAACAAGAAAUCAUGAUACUUUGACACAUGUUGUCUUCAUUUAUACAUUACACUCUAUUGAGCUCAAGCUCCAUAUGUUCUUCCAAUGUUUUCCCUCAACCCCUCUGAUUUAUUGGCAAUAGGUUCUGAAGCAGUCAUCGGCCAGCAUUGUUUCUACUCAGCUGUUCAGUUGACACCAUUAAACCAAGGUAAGCUUAAAAUGAGCUGUAAUUAAUUCAGUGAUUCUUCAUAAUCAUUCGCUGUGAUUGUAUGGAUUGAUUUCUUAUAUUUUCUUAUAUCUUAUAUGUUGUUAAAAUCUUAUUAGUUAAAGUGCUGUUACUGAUAUUAUGUUACGGCAAGGCAUUAAAAAAUAUAUAUUGGCAUAUAUAUUGGCAUAAUCCUUGCAUGCACUGUGAUUGCAGGUCCUGUUCUAUAAGUGGACAUGGGAAUCCAUAUUCACUCAGUCUUACCUUCAUAUGUGAGGGAAUACACUAUAUCAUGUAUAUCCCACUUUGUCAUACUAUAUUUUUUAAAUAUCUUAAAGAUUUAAGGUCACCAUGUUGCCCAUUAAAUCAUGAUAUGCUGUUGGAUCACUCUAUUAAUUUCCUAUUCUGAAGCAGUCUCCAGAACUGACUUGUACAGGUCAAUUGGUAAAAGUCAAUUCAUAGGUGUAGUGCUGUGGAAAAUACAGUUGUUGAAGUUGACAUUUUUUGAAGUUUGAAGUUGACAUGAAGAGCAUUUUAAAUCCCUUCCUAUCAUUGAAAAAGGCUCACUGACAUGUCACCUCUGCCUGUGUUUAUAGUCCGUUGGCAGCACGGAUGGUGCAGUGGGUAGCACUGCUGCCUCACAGCAAGGAGGUCCUGGGCUCGAAUCCCCGUCGGCCGGGGCCUCUCUGUGCGGAGUUUGCAUGUCCUCCCUGUGUCUGCGUGGGUUUCCUCCGGGUACUCUGGUUUCCUCCCACAGUCCAAAGACAUGCAGAUUAGGCUGAUUGGAGAGUCUAAAUUGCCCAUAGGUGUGAGUGUGUGAGUGUGUGUGCCCUGUGAUGGACUGGCGACCUGUCCAGGGUGUAUUCCUGCCUU